GAUUUAUCAAGUUUGAAGCGUCUUGAAAUUGAUGAGUCUUUAAAACUCAACCACUCGUUUACAUGGUAACUCCUGAUGAUGCUAAUUUCAAAUUAAAAAGCAUUUGGUGACCUGAGAUUCGUGUUUGUCUUCCUCUUUCUCCAUCUUUUCUUUUCAUCUUCACAUCGCAGUCUAAUACGCAAUUCAACAUAUCAUGGCGUUUACAUUACACUCACAUUCUGGCGAGUUCUGCCCUGGCCAUGCCAAAGACCAACUCGAAGAUAUUGUCAAACAUGCUAUUUCUGUUGGUUACAAGACCAUUGGGUUCACAGAGCACAUGCCUCGCUAUGAUCUACGCGAUCUCUAUCCCGAAGAGCUCGAUAACCCUCAAGCUGCUCUAGAAGCUCUUCCCCCUCGUCAUGAAGCAUACCUCGUGGAAGCUCAACGUCUUCAGCGCGAGUAUGCCUCACAAAUUCACAUCCUCAUUGGCUUUGAGGCUGAGUUCAUCCGUCCAAGCUGCGCAGCACACGUUCGCAAACUCGCUGAGCAUCCUAUCGUUGAUUACUUCAUCGGCUCAGUGCAUUAUGUCCAUAACACUCCCAUUGACUACAACAAGGAGAUGUUUGCCACAGCCCGCGACGCAAGCAGUCGCAAGACCGAAGAAUCGCUCUAUGAGGAUUACUACGAUCUUCAGUACGGCAUGCUUAAGGAGCUGCGCCCGCGCGUUGUAGGACACUUUGAUCUCGUGCGGUUGAUGAGCGAGGAUCCAGCCCGGGAUGUUCGGCAGUGGAAGGGCGUCUGGGAGCGCAUUCUGCGAAAUCUGGCUCUUGCGAGGGAACAGGAUGGAUGGCUUGAGGUCAACAGCGCGGGACUGAGAAAGGGACUUGCUGAACCUUAUCCUGGUAGGAUAAUUGCCGAGGAAUGGAUUAAGAUGGGAGGAAAGUUCACUUUCUGCGAUGACAGUCAUGGUAUCGCACAAGUUGCCACCAACUAUGCCCGAACAGUUACUUAUCUCGAGAGUCUGGGCGUCAAGGAGGUUUGGUGUCUCAAGAGAACACCUAACUCUGGCGUGGAUGGAACGACGAGAGCUACUGUUGAGGAAGUCAGUGUUCCUCUGAAUGCGUUCCGUGAGAAUUUCCCAUAAAAGAUACAUAUGGUCGGGCUAUUGGUUUAGAAUAGAAAGCCAUAAAGUCAUAGAUUAAACAGGACUAGAACUAUAGAGCAAGACAAGAAGAGGUCUGAUCCAGAAGGAAGAGGAAUAGGGUAUCGCGAAGAAGAAGAAGAAGAAGAAGAAGACUACAUCCAGGCAUGAGAAGAAUGUGUUGUAAAGCUCUGAUAGAAAAAGAAACACCAUGGCAACAAAACUCGGGCAUCAUCUCCCACUUGUAUCCUACUCUCCAGAGCAGUGAUGUGAAAGAUCUGACAGCCAUUCGCCAUAUAUCAGAAGAACAAAUGUCCAACAGAAGUAGCAGCAUCUUUAAUGCUGAGGCGUCUCGGGAAUCUCCUCGAUAGGAUUCGGCGGGUUUGGCUCUGGCUUAACACCCUGCUCUGCGGCCUUGGGCUCAUUGGCUCCCUGUCCCGGGCGAGGGGCAAAUGGAAUACCGGAAGUGUAUUGGAAAAGAUUGCUCUUCUUGGCCGGGCUAGGUGUCGCCACAGGCGUUUGCUCAGAUGGAGUUGGUACGUUAGGUGGAAGCCACUUCAAAGGCUCGCUCUGAGCAACGGGCUCAGGCGCAGGGCCUUCGGGUUGGUAAGGAACAAAGAUAUCAUCUGCAUCCGUGCUAGGGUGUACGGAAACAGAGGGGAUGGCAGGAGAACUCAGGGGAGGAGACAUCAGCUGAGUGACUUGCGCAGUGGAUUCAAAAGCGUAUUGCUCUUGUGAGGGAGACAUAAUUCUGCUCGAAGAGGCAGUGGUAGGCGGUGAAGGGAUGCGGGCAUUGCCCGGUGCAGGUUGAGUAGGAGAGAUGUCUUGCGUCUCGACGGAAGCACUGACGGAGGUUUGAUCGUGGUUAGUGGCUGAUGAUGAGUGCUCAGUACUGGAAGAUGCUGUGGCAGGCUUGUAUGUGAUAGAAGAUUCUUUGCCCUUAGCUUUCUCAGCUUCAAGGCGAGCUCGCUCUUUGGCGUCCUUCUGAGACUGGGUGAUCAAGUUGAUACGAAUCUUCUUCAUACCAGAGGUGAUGCUGUCAAUGUCAUCGCCACCCAUGCCAGAUGCACCGUCCUUCUUCGAAGCCUUGGCUGGCGACUUGGCUUUCUGUGUAGCUGUGGCAGGUCGCGAAGGGCCAGCGGUAGUAGUAGCUUUCUUGGUACCCCGAGGUGCUCUGGGUGCAGGCUCCUUGCGAGGGGCGGUAGAAUUCCUUGCCUUCUUGACUGGAGGAUUGGUGCUGGCAACAGAUUUCGUAGCCAUGGGUGAGUUGGGGACUGUACGAGCGUGCUCCACCACCUCAGGCUGAUCUGCUUCGCCUGGUGAUACAUCUCUUGUUGUGAGGGAUGGCGGGAUCUCACUAAGACGACGACUGGUCCUCCUCACUGCCGGUUCGCCGC